GAGCCCCGCGCGCCCCGGCGCCGCAGCCAUGGGGAAGGUGCAGCUCUUCGAGGUCCGCCUGGCCGACGGCCGCGUCGUCUUCCGCCCCGGCGAGCCGCUGGCCGGCACCGUCUCCGUGCGCCUGGCCGGCGCGCUGCAGUUCCGCGCCAUCAAGGUGAGCUGCGUCGGCUUCUGUGGAGUGUCCAGCAAAGUGAACGACACAGCAUGGACCGUGGACGAACAGUAUUUCAACACCACGCUCUCCCUGGCAGAUAAAGGGACGCUGACAGCUGGCGAGCACACAUUUCCAUUCCAGUUCUUACUUCCAGCGUCUGCACCCACCUCCUUCGAAGGCCCUUUCGGGAAGGUCUUGCACCAGGUCAAAGCUGUGAUAGAGACGUCGCGGUUUUCCAAAGACCACAAGUGCUGCAAGGUCUUCUACGUCCUUUGCCCUCUGAACCUGAAUGAUAUUCCUGAAAUUGAGCAGCCCAACACGACGUCCGUCGCCAAGAAGUUCAGUUACAAGCUCGUGAAAACUGGCACUGUCGUGUUGACGGCCACCACCGACCUCAAGGGCUACGUCGUGGGACAGGUCAUCCAGCUGCGGACGGACAUUGAGAACAAGUCAGGCCGGGACACCAGCACUAUUGUGGCAAGCCUCGUCCAGAAAGUGGCCUACAAAUCCAAGCGGUGGAUCUACGACCUGAGGACCAUCGCCGAGGUGGAGGGCUCGGCGGUGAAGGCGUGGAAGCAGGCCGAGUGGACGGAGCAGAUCCUGGUGCCGGCCUUGCCCCAGUCCAUCCUGCAGGGCUGCAGCCUCAUCCACAUCGACUACUACAUCCAGGUUUGCCUCAAGUCGCCCGAGGUGUCCGUCGCGCUCCCGGUGUACAUCGGCAACAUCCCCGUGAACCGCAUCCCGCUGAGCCCCUCCCGGUCCGUCCCCCACAGCCCGAUGCCCGUGGUCCCGAGCGCGCCGCCCGAGGACGAGGAGGCGGCUGGCGGCGCGCAGCACCCGCUGGACAAUGUCUCCAUCCCCACCAAGAGCCAUUCCCAGCAGCAGCCCCUCAGCUACGCCCCGAACUUGAGCUUCCCCGAGGGGAGGCUGGAUCUGGAGCCCGGCAGCUCCCCAAACCACCCCACGCUUUGCCUGUCGACGGGGGCGACGGUGCCGUAUUACGCGGAGGGGGCCGUCCUCCCGGUGGCCACUGCCAGCUCGCUCAUCCUGCCUCCGGAGUACAGCACCUGGGGCUACCCGUACGAAGCGCCGCCUUCGUAUGAGCAGAGCUGCAGCAGCGCGACCUCCAGCUUGAGCAACGGCCACUAGACGGGGCGGCGGAGCGUUUCCAGCAGCGCCGAGCGGGGGGCCCGGACGGGAGGCCUCCCCACCCCGCCUGUGACAGCCCCGCCGGCGACCCCUCGGCUGCCCCGUGGGGGCCCUGCCCGGCACGGCCGGCCCUCGCAGGGUCCCUCUCUCUCACUUGCUGCUAUGCUGUGGGAGCAUCCGUGAUGCCUUACCCAAACCGCUGCGGCGACGUCUGGUCUGGAUGGGGGUGUGCGGCCGCUCUGCGCGCGGGACUCUCUUACAGCCUGGGCUCCUCCUGCGACUACAAGCCCCAUCGCCCCGAGGAAGCACUCCAGUCCCAACCAGGUGGUGUGGAGGCCGCCUUCUCCGUGGAACGGAUGCUGCGCCGGUACUGCUCAGGAGGUGAACCUUUCCAGCAGUCUAGGGCCCUACACAGAUUGCUGAUCGGAACACAACUCCUAUCAUUCUGCGGAUGAGCACUGGAGUCCUCCAGCAUCUGGAUGGCCAUCCUGUUUGAAAAGGGCUUUUCCCGGGUUUCUCCACCCAGAAAGGCAAGUGCGCUUGUUGUAGGGUAAUCUCUGGAAGAAGCGCGAAGAUGGACGGAGCAGCAGUGUGAAUAUUCCGUGGGCACGGAUGGAUUGGGAGGGAGCCAACGCCUGUGAAAGCUGUGGAGCUUCCGUCUCGCUGGACACACUCCGGAGAGGCAGUGCUUGCUGCCCAAGCCCAAGCCCAAGCCCGAGGGGGCCUCCUCCGCGACGGCAUCGUUCCCAAAGGGCGAGAGGCUCAGCUACUGCUCAAAAGGCAUACGCCCGUUCACAGCACUGAAGAGCCUCGGGUGGAAGCGCCUUCACUUCCGCCAAGGACGGGACCCGGUUGAGUCCCGCGCCGUGCUCAGGCGACGGUGCCUGGCCCAGGUCUGCCCCAAACACGCCUCCAAACACGCGGCCUCGUGAGCGCCGGUCGGAGCCGCUCCGCCUGUUUCUCUGCACCCCAGCGCCGCGCCGAACAAGCCGACACAGCUGACAAUCACGGCCCUGCCUUAAUUCUACCUCUGUUGUCUCGUCUUUCAAGCAGUGGGCUUCGAGGGUGAGCGCGUGGAGCUUCGGAAGAAGGAAAGGAAAGGAAGCGAAGUGAAAAUGCACAUGCUUGUGUCCCGAGGAGGUUCGGCUCAUCGGGCGGAACGAGGCAGCAGGGUCCCCCGGCCUCGCCUCCCACUCGUCUGGUCCUUGGCCUUUCUUUUGCUUUUCCUCCAGAUCAGGGUGGGGACCCUCCUGAUGUUGCUAGACUCCAAGUCCCACCAGCUCCAGCUUGCAUGGCUGAUGGGAGUUGUAAUCCCGCGACAGCUGGGAGUUCCCCAGCCCGGCUUCAGGCAGUUUAUCCUCCGGGCUGCGCUCCUUCCCCACGGAGGCCGAGCAAUCCUGUUGCGGGAGAAGUCCCGAUGACUUAGUGACCUUGAUCGGUCACUCAACACUCCUUGAACUGGGCUUACUGGAAACACCACCUCCCCCCCAAUUCAGACCCUUUUUCAUGGCUUGCCCCCCCCCCCGAAC